UUGCAGAUCAAGGGAGAGAAAUGGAUGAAGAUAAUGUGCCCAGCAGCGACGAGCAGCCCCUGAGUUUGCAGAAAGCCCUGCAGCAGUGCGAGUUGGUCCAAAACAUGAUAGACAUCAGCAUCUCCAACCUGGAGGGUCUCCGGACCAAGUGUGCCACCUCCAACGACUUGACCCAGAAAGAGAUCAGGACACUGGAGAGCAAACUGGUUAAAUACUUCAGCCGCCAGCUGUCCUGCAAAAGGAAGGUAGCGCUACAGGAGCGAAAUGCUGAGCUUGAAGGCUUCCCGCAGCUCAUGCACUGGUUCAGGAUUGUCAACAUCCGCAAAGAAGUAAUGGAGGAAAUUGAUCCCGGGCAGCUGACCUUAGAAGAGCUGCUGGACAUGAGUGAUGAUCAGGUGUGCGAGACCCUAGAAAAGUUUGGUGCCAGCAGUGAGGAAUGUGAUCGACUUAACGCAUCUCUCUCAUGUCUAAGGAGUGUUCAUAAAUCAGGAAGCAGCCUUUCAAAACAAGAUUGGGCCAUCCAGUGGCCAGCAACAGAAUCAGGGAAGGAAAAUAAUCCUGUCACACAGCAGGAGACUGCCCAGUGGAUACGAACCCACCUUUCCCAGAGCCCAAAAGUACAGUCUAAAUGCAUCCAGCACUACUGCCAUUUGCCAGUGGCUCAUGGGCCUAUGUAUACAAACGUUGAUAGAUUGACUGUUGAAGCCUACCCAGGCUUGUGCCAACUUUCUGAGACUGGGCAUCGAUCAUUACCACCAUCCCCGCGCCAGAGGCACACAGCACACAAUAACCCACCACGAACACCUAACAUAGUGACGACUAUGACGCCUCCUGGUACACCCCCCGUAAGAAGAAAGAACAAACUUAAACCCCCAGGCACCCCUCCUCCUUCAUCCCGAAAACUCAUUCACCUCAUACCUGGAUUCACAUCUCUGCAUCGAAGCAAGUCCCAUGAGUUCCAAGUAGGGCAUCGAGUGGAUGAAUCUCAUACUCCCAAAGCAAAGAAAAAGAACAAGCCUCUGAACCUCAAGAUUCACAACAGUGUGGGCAGUUGUGAGAAUAUUCCGUCACAGCGCUCUCCCCUCCUGUCCGAACGCUCCCUACGUUCUUUCUUUGUGGGCUACCCGUCUGUCCUUCCUUCUACUCCCCCUGUCCAUACUGAACCUUCUUCUGCAAAUACACUCUCAGUGCCUCGUUGGUCCCCACAGAUUCCACGCAGAGAUCUGGGAAAUUCCAUCAAACACAGAUUCUCAACCAAGUACUGGAUGUCUCAGACCUGCACUGUAUGUGGAAAAGGAAUGUUGUUUGGACUAAAGUGUAAAAACUGCAAGCUAAAGUGCCACAAUAAAUGCACCAAAGAGGCCCCACCUUGUCACCUACUAAUCAUACACCGUGGAGCCAGAUUAGUCAGGACUGAAUCCGUACCGUGUGACAUCAACAACCCUUUAAGAAAACCUCCACGGUACUCAGACCUCCACGUUAGCCAAACGCUCCCUAAAACCAACAAAAUUAAUAAGGACCAUAUUCCAGUGCCCUAUCAGCCAGAUUCCAGCAGCAAUCCCUCCUCUACGACAUCCUCCACACCGUCCUCACCUGCUCCUCCUCUUCCUCCUAGUGCGACCCCACCCUCUCCUCUCCACCCAUCCCCACAAUGCACCCGCCAGCAGAAGCCGUUCAACUUACCAGGGUCCAACAGCACGUCUCAUCCAUGUACCUCAUCUUUGCUACAAGGCUCCCAUUAUUACAAAUACAAACAGCAGUUUAUUUUCCCAGAUGUUGUGCCUGAAAUACCAACCCGAGCUCCCCAAGUAAUCCUUCAUCCAGUAAACUCCAAUCCAAUUAAUGAAGGAAAUCCAUUGCUUCAAAUUGAAGUCGAGCCAACGUCUGAGAAUGAAGAUGGCAAUGAACGAGCAGAAGAGUCUGAAGAUGACUUUGAGGAAAUGAACCACUUACUGCUGUCAGCCAGGAACUUUCCCCGUAAAGCCAGUCAGACCAGCAUAUUUCUACAGGAGUGGGAUAUUCCAUUUGAACAGCUAGAAAUUGGGGAGAUGAUUGGCAAAGGCCGAUUUGGCUUGGUUUAUCAUGGACGAUGGCAUGGGGAAGUGGCCAUCAGACUCAUUGACAUUGAGAGAGACAAUGAGGACCAACUGAAAGCUUUCAAGAGGGAAGUAAUGGCUUACAGACAAACACGGCAUGAAAAUGUUGUUCUCUUCAUGGGAGCGUGUAUGAGCCCACCACACCUAGCAAUUAUCACCAGCCUUUGUAAGGGGAGGACGCUAUACUCAGUGGUCCGGGAUGCAAAAAUUGUCCUAGAUGUCAACAAAACCAGACAGAUAGCACAAGAGAUUGUAAAGGGAAUGGGUUACCUGCAUGCCAAGGGGAUCCUACACAAGGACCUCAAGUCAAAAAAUGUUUUCUAUGACAAUGGCAAAGUGGUCAUCACUGACUUUGGUCUCUUCAGUAUAUCUGGUGUGCUCCAGGCUGGGAGGCGGGAGGACAAACUCCGAAUCCCUAAUGGUUGGCUGUGCCAUCUGGCUCCAGAAAUCAUUUGCCAGUUGUCUCCUGACACAGAGGAAGAUAAGCUUCCAUUCUCAAAGCACUCUGAUGUAUUUGCACUGGGGACAAUUUGGUAUGAGCUGCAUGCGAGAGAGUGGCCUUUCAAAAGCCAACCAGCCGAAGCAAUUAUAUGGCAAGUGGGUUCAGGGAUGAAGCCAAAUCUGGCCCAGAUUGGGAUGGGAAAGGAGAUCUCGGACAUUCUGAUGUUCUGCUGGGUGUUUGAGCAAGAGGAAAGGCCAACUUUCACUAAACUAAUGGAGAUGCUGGAGAAACUGCCAAAGCGGAACAGACGCCUUUCCCAUCCUGGGCAUUUUUGGAAGUCAGCAGAGCUGUGACCGUCAACCCUGGGGAGUUGCUGUGGCUUCCCAGUAUCCCCACUUUCUCAUCUGCCUUCUCCCCAAACACUACUCUUUUCCUUCUCAAUCUGUGGAAAAUCUGAGGGUGGAAUGUAGGACAGCGAGCCGACAUGAGAAGCAGAUGGAACUCCACACUUAUACGUGAGGAACAGAGGUGUGCUGCCCACUCUGUAUCAACCCACAGGUGGAUGGGAUCAUAGUUCUGAAAUCUUAGAGACUAGUGCUGGAGAGUUGAGACUCUGCGCUCAUUUGGCCAGAGCUAGCAAAGUUGAAGAAAUAUGUCUUUAUAUGCGCUGUAUUGAAUUCUAAGGAUCAGUUUUGCACAUACCUCUUAACUGAACCUAAUUAUGCACCGCUUACAAGCUAGACACAGCUGCAGAACACUGUGACAGCAUAGUCCUGUGGCCCUUGCUAGCAGUAAAGGUGUAUGGGGAAGGGAGACGCCGUUUUGACUAAGGAAAGAAAGUCUGUUGUAUGUUCACAUUUUAUGGAAAACAGAUUCCAAGAAAACAAUUUUAUUUUUUUAGGAUAUAUUAAAUGAACGUAAUUGCUUGGGAGUUCUGAAAUCAUCUUCAGACUCCAAUUUCUGGACUGAGAAGUGAUUGUCUAUCUGUGGGAUGCUUCAUAAGUUACUAUGAUCUGUGGGAGCUUUUGUGUACAUGUUUUUGGGUUAUAACUAUCACUGAUGGCAUGAUGUGUUCCUCUGACCUCAUGGGAGGAAUGCACAGAUGAAAAGGAGAGCUUUGUAAUGAGCAGAAAUGUAGCACAGAAUCUGAAAUAUUUUUGUUCAUGAAUAUCCAUUUUACAUUUCUAAACAAUUUCCUGGGAGAUAGGCAUCCUAUAAGUCCAGCCUUAAAUAGUUCUCUAAAGAGAGGGGUCAAGAAAUAACAACAGUUAUUCUGUGCUGUACCAAAGGCUAGUUUAUAAGUUACAAGCUCUUUCCUAAUGAACUCUAUAUUUUGAUGCAUCCUUUACUUAAUAAUACUGGAAACAUUGCAACCUACAGAUGGAAGGUGGACUGCUUACUUUAUUUGCUUCUCAAAGAGUUAAGGCUUGAAAUUCUAUGAUCGUUUGCAAUCCAAAGGCACGGUGAGCAUGGUGUAUCAGCUGAAACCUCCCCCUGAUGUUCUCUUCAUUUCCAUUUGAAGUUUAGAGAGUUGUUUUGCAAGGAACAUUGUUUGAUAUUUGAAAAAAAUUCAAGGUUUAUCCUUAAACGAACCAGAUAUUUUUUUAAUGUCAUUAACUGGUUGAGCCUUAAAAUGACUGUUUCACUGGCAGGAUAAGACUUACAAAAACCUGAUGCGCAAUAUAAAAUCCAAAUAAAUUUUUAGUGAACACAUAAAAUUAGUUCUGUCCUAUAUUAUCUAAUUGUACUGGUUCUCAGCAACAGAAAAUGAAUGAAAGAAUGCAGCUAUCUAGUGCUACUUAUCACAGUCUCUUUAGGUUAUAGAGAAAGCACUUUCAGUUUGUCUCUGUUGCUUUACUUCAUCUCUCUCCCCGAGCCUAAUGACAUCACUGUAAACCUACAAUUUUAUGAUGUAACGUACUGUAUUUGAGAAAGGAAGGGAGUAACUACUAAAGUGCAAUGAAUUCCA